GUCGGUCGAAUCGGUUGCAUCUCUCCAAUCCAUUUCAUAGCACACUUCGCCCACCGUUGUCAUCAUCAACAUCGACAUCAAAAUCAACGUCUAUGUCGUGGUCGUGGUCGUAUUCAUCGUCGUUUGUCGUCGCUGCUGUCGUUAUUAAAAAAUAUUCAAAUUCCAAUUUUAGAACAACAAAAAAUGAGGACGCCAGCUGUUUUGAAAGCUCAGCGUCAUCAUCGUCAUGGAGAAGCUGAACUGAUAUUCAAUUCCCGCAACGAACUGCCAGUGCGAGUGUGUGUACAUUUUUUGUUCUUGUCGGUUACGGCAAUUAUUGGAGUAUCUUAUCUUGUUCGAAGAUAAGACACCAAGUGGACGACGACUAUUCCAGUGGAAACUUACUUCUCUUUUCUGAGAAACUGAAAAACUCCAAGAAACAAAAAGAUAUUUUUGAUAUGCCGCUUUUUGCCAAGAAGCCCAGUAAACCAGUGCCUGACACAAUACAUGAUAAUAAUAAUAAAUUGUCAGCGGUUCCCGCCAAUGUACCCAGACCAGAUAACAAUGCCUCAAAACAACAGCUGGUAUUUCACUGUCAACUGGCACAUGGCAGUCCCACAGGACUGAUAACAGGAUUUGCAAGCGUUCGUGAGCUGUACAAAAAGAUUGCUGAGUGCUAUGACAUUCCAGUUGAUGAAAUUCUAUUUUGUACACUUAAUUCGCACAAAGUUGAUAUGUCCAAGUUGCUGGGCGGUCAAAUAGGUCUCGAUGACUUUAUAUUUGCCCAUCGAAAGGGUCGACCGAAAGAAAUCGAAAUUAUCAAGUCGGAGGAUGCCCUCGGCCUUACGAUCACAGACAAUGGUGCUGGCUAUGCAUUUAUCAAGAGAAUCAAAGAAGAGAGUGUCAUUGAUCAUAUCCAACACAUUUCGAUUGGAGAUCACAUAGAAAAACUAAACGGGGUGGAAAUGGUGGGGAAACGCCACUACGAAGUAGCCAGACUGUUAAAAGAAAUCCCUACCGGCGCCACAUUCACAAUUCGACUGAUUGAACCCAUGAAGAGUGGUUUCCAAGGCAUUGGACCACGCUCACAACCGAAAACAACAGGCAAAGGUUACGGUAGCGGUAAGGAGACACUAAGAUUCAAGGCCAACGGCAAUGUUGAAAUCGAAGAGAAACCCGAUGAUUCUACACAAUGUGGCAUUGAAGCUAUUAAUAAUUUGUUAGAAUCGUUUAUGGGCAUCAAUGAUGCUGAAUUGGCCACACAAAUCUGGGAUCUGGGUGCGAAUAAAACAAAUUCUAUGGAUUUUGCUGAAGCCAUUGAUAAUUCCGAUCUAGAAUCGUUUGGAUUUACAGAUGAUUUUAUAAUUGAACUAUGGGGUGCUAUAACAGAUGCUAGACGCAGGAAGUCAAAAAAUUGAUCUACAUACAUACAUAUAAAAUAUGUAUAGUGGAAAAAGAAACACAGGGGAUGUGGUGCGAUUAAAUUUUAAUAAAAUUAUAGAUAUUUUAUUUACAAAACUAUACAAAACACAAAAAUGGUUGUACUAUUUGAGUUAUUAAAUUAUACAAGUUUCACAAAUUUUAAGAACGUUAUUAAUAAUGUUAUAUUACUAUUAUCAUUUUUGCGCAUUUUAUUUUUUGUUUGAUAUUUUUAUUUGUUUGUAUAAAAAAAAAAUAAAAUAAAAAGUAUGUAUUUCAUUAUUUUAAAGAAAAAGAAGAAGAAAAAGAAAAAAAAAGAGGAAAAAUAUAUCAGUGCAUUUAUAUUAUUUAAAAUGUU